ACGUCAGAUUUUCAGAUUAUGAAGCUCAAGAAUGAGAUCAAGUCCUAUUUCGGCAGAAACAAGUUUUCAUUAACUGUAUUUGACCUUCAAUCAAUCUUUGGCAGGUGAAAAUGCCUAUAUUUGUGCUGUAAUGGUCCUUUAAAAGAGUUAAAAGCAAUCCUGUGAGGCGCUCUAGUGUUUAUAUUAUGAAGCUCAAGAAUGAGAUCAAAUCAUAUUUAGGUAGAAACAACCUUUCAUUAACUGUAUUUGUCCUGCAAUCAAUUUUUGGCAGGUAAAAAGACCCAUUUUCAGGGGAGAAAUCAGAUUCUGGCGACUCGGGCUCGUGCGUAAAGACGCGGACGCUUUGCACAGAUGGAUUCUGACAUCGGCGCGUCGUGAAGAGAUAGACAUCAACUAAACGCAGUCUCUCUUGACUGUGGUUGGGAAAAGGAAUUACUCAUUCUUCACGCCAACACCUGCACUUCUGUGCGCGUCGAUGUCACCAUAGCGCACGGCUUUUCUUCAGCUCCAUGGAUGAGAAGAAUCAGCAGGCGGCAGAAUGGUUGUUUUGGGUGCGACUAACGGGACUUUUGGAGGUGACAAGGUGAGGUCGUCGUUUAUGGUGGAGGAUAAAGUUGGAGGAAUCAUGAUCUCUGAGGGGGUCGCUCCGCGGCUGCUGGAGAUGGCGCAGGGCGCAGCGGAGGCUGUAGCGGCGGCAGCAGCUUCAGUUUCAGCAGCUUCAGCAGCAGCAGUGUCUCCGUCCAGCUCCAGUCAGCCGCGGGUCGUGAUGGAGAGCAACGGGACGCGCUGCGGGGAGCAGAUCCUGAGCCACGGCCGCGCGGAGAAGGUGCUGAUCGGCGGGGUGCUCACGCUGCUCACGCUGUCCACCAUCUGCGGGAACCUGCUGGUGGUCAUCUCCGUGUGCUUCGUGAAGAAGCUGCGCCAGCCCUCCAACUACCUGAUCGUGUCCCUGGCCGUGGCCGACCUGUCCGUGGCGCUGGCCGUCAUGCCCUUCGUCAGCAUCACGGACCUGAUCGGCGGCCGCUGGGUGUUCGGACACUUCUUCUGCAACGUCUUCAUCGCCAUGGACGUGAUGUGCUGCACCGCGUCCAUCAUGACUCUGUGCGUAAUCAGCAUCGACAGGUAUCUGGGCAUCACGAAACCGCUGACGUAUCCUGUUCGUCAGAACGGCUGCGGCAUGGCCAAGAUGAUUGUGUCAGUGUGGCUCCUCUCCGCCUCCAUCACCCUCCCCCCGUUGUUCGGCUGGGCCCAGAACGUCAACGACGGCCGAGUCUGCCUCAUCAGCCAAGACUUCGGCUACACCGUCUACUCCACGGCCGUGGCCUUCUACAUCCCCAUGUCGGUGAUGCUCAUCAUGUACUACAGGAUCUUCAGGGCAGCCAAACUCAGCGCAGCCAAGCACACCAUCACGGGCUUCCCCAGGAUAGCGGUGCAGCGUGCAAGGGCGUCCCUACGAGGGGGGACAGGGGGCCACGCUGCCAAACAGCCGUCAGAGUCCGGGGAAACUGGAAGCGUUGAGGGGACGGAGGCAGAGCAGGAGGAAGCUGAGGAGGAGGAGGAAGAAAGCCUGGACUGCGUUGCGGUGGCGUUGAAGCUCCAGCGGGAGGUGGAGGAGGAGUGCAGCAGCCGCGUUUCCCGCCUGCUCAAGAGCGGCGAGCACCACCAGCGGCGCAAGAGGAAAAACCAGUCCAUCUUCAAGCGAGAGCAGAAAGCGGCGGCCACUCUCGGCAUCGUGGUCGGAGCGUUCACCUUCUGCUGGCUGCCGUUCUUCUUAGUGUCGACCGCCAGGCCGUUCAUCUGCGGCGUGGAGUGCAGCUGCGUGCCGCUCUGGCUGGAACGGACUCUGCUGUGGCUCGGGUACGCCAACUGCCUCAUCAAUCCCUUCAUUUACGCCUUUUUCAACCGCGAUCUGAGGACCACCUACAGUAACCUGCUGAGGUGCCGCUACAGGAACAUUAACCGCAAACUUUCAGCGGUCGGUAUGCACGAGGCGCUAAAACUGGUGGAAAAACCAGAAGCUGAUGUGUGAGACUGAUGCUUUGUAAACGAACAGUGGACGCUGCAGACUCACUUUGGUGCGAUGAAACCGGACCCCUGCCCCAAUGACUGUGUUGUGCAUGUUCAAAAAUGCCGGUUUCGAUGCACGCUGAUUUUGCACUCAGCUUCUGUGGGUGGAACCCUCCAGCUCAGUGGCCAGGGAGAAGUUGAGGGAGCUCAGCCGGAGCACCACGCUACACGUUAUCACAGUCACGGUGUCUUCACAGCUUCCAAAUGUCAAGUAUUUCCUCAAGUGGAGCAGUUGUGAUUCAAACUCUUGAUAUGUAAAAAUUGUACGUAACAUGUACAUGUACAUCAGUGUUCUUGCUGUCUUUUGGACAAACUGCUCUGAUCUGCUGGACCUGAUACACGUUUAUAUUUUCUGCUUAUUUUGUCGGGUAUCGUUGUGUUGAGAGAGCUCUGUUGAAAAUCUAUUUAUUGACCAAUCAUUUUUGUGAUGGGUAGCUCAUUUAUGAACAAAGCCGCAGUUUUAGGUGAAGAAAUCCAGAACACGACCAUGCAACAGACAACAAGCUGCAGAUAAAAAAAGGGAAUUAGGCCACGUUUACACAUUACAAAAACGGAUAUUCCCCCCUCUACAUUUUUAAAAAUACCAUCAUUUACACCAACCCACAUAAAUAUGCUGUUAAUGGGUGCUAUGAGCUGCCAAACCUACAGGGGGCAGUGUAACGAGAAGCAUAGAGUCAUGCUAGUCAAUCAAAAUCCCGGAAAAAAAAUGACAUGAGUAACUACAGUGACCAAACAAAUUAAAAACACAGGUCGCACACAUGACGCUGGUAACGUUUCUGUGGAAUUAUGUGACGGUCUGAAGCCUAAAUGUCCGUUUCUCUCUGUUUACAAGCAAAUCUCCACAGAGUUUUCAGUAAUGAUCGUUUUUGGUGACUUUAAGCUUCGUUUUCGUGUUAACGUACGGCCAAAAUGCAUGAAAACACCACCGUUUUUGCUACGUGUAAACAGGGCUUUAAUGUACUGUAUUCAGACACUUUGUGAAUGUGACUGUGCUGCUUCCUGCACGGCCAUGCCCGGUUUGUGUGCAGCACAGUCUCUUUACAGAUCACACUCCUAGUGUUACAUUUCACACAAUGUUUAACAGUUACUUUGCAUUUCUGGGUUUUACAGAAGGGGCUACAUCCGGCUUGCUGGUCUGACUGAAUUCAGAAAGUGAGGAACAACUCAAUCUCUUGAUGAACCAUCUACAUCUGUGGUGCCAAAUAGUUAGCUGUCACUUUAGCCACUUAGCACCUGAAGAGAACUUGACCUCUCAGCUCUGAAUAAAGAUCAAGCAGAGCGUAAUUAUUCUUAUAUUAAAUACAAUAUGUCUAUAUGUGUAAUGCAGCCAUGAUCCCAAAAACUAUGCCACAAAUUUUGCAGAAAUGUGUGGUUUCAUAUGACUUUAGCUAAUGAGGUAUAUAAAACUUCUCCCCUAUACAGUUUUCAUGGAUGUGCAAUGUAGCUGUGGUUUGAACAAGACUGUAAAUAUGUUUAUUUAUGCUGCAAAGUUGGACAUUUUGACAUAGAGGUCAAUGGAGUUUUACUCGCCUUUGGAGCCAAGAGGAAUUGCACAUCCGUGUUCACAUCAGAGGAACCCAGAUGUUGCCCCUUCUGUAGAAGCACAAGUCGCCUGUAAGCAGGACUAGAGCAUUCAGACUACUCUGCUUAUCUGUUGAUUGUUCUUAUUUCCAAUGACAAAACUUGACAUGUUAUUUUGGUGCGUCAGAAAAUGGUAUCACAGUUUUUAAGAUUGUAAAAAAAAAAUUAAGAACCCAACUGCCUUGUAAGCUGCCUUGGUGUAGUACCCUGAAAUGGGGGUGCUACACCCCUCUGAAAUGCAUUGAAAAGGAAUGCACACAAAUAAAACAGAAUAAAGCAGCAAAUCUUUGCAUCUU